GCGGGGCGCGCACACCAGCCGGAGAGGGGAGGGAUGGAGGCUGAUCGCUGCGCGCCCGGCUCGCCGCCGAUCGCCUCCUCCUGCCUCCCCCCUGGCGGCGAGCAGGCUGCCGCCCCUACCGAGCCGCCGACGUGGCCCCCGGACCCGGAUCGCCCCGCGCCCGCGGAGCUGCUGGAGUUCGAUGACGACGAGGACCUGGAAGUGUUCAGCAAGGAUGCCUCCCUCACCGAGGUCAAUUCAUUCAGUCCUUUGAUGCCCACAUCCCCGUCUUCGAUGAUAAACCAGUACAAAUUUGAAGAUGAACCAGAAUCGAAGGAUCUUUUCAUUACAGUUGACGACCCAGAAAGCCACAUCACUGCCCUAGAGACGUUCAUCACCUACAGGGUUGUUACAAAGACAAUGCGUGGUGAAUUCGACUCCAGUGAGUAUGAAGUUAGACGACGCUAUCAAGAUUUCCUUUGGUUAAAGGGGAGACUUGAGGAAGCACACCCAACUCUCAUCAUUCCCCCAUUGCCUGAAAAAUUCAUAAUGAAAGGAGUUGUGGAACGAUUUAAUGAAGAAUUCAUUGAAACGAGAAAGAAAGCACUGCAUAAAUUUUUAAACCGGAUUGCUGAUCAUCCCACUUUAACUUUUAAUGAGGACCUCAAAAUUUUUCUUACUGCACAAGCCUGGGAACUUUCAUCUCACAAGAAGCAGGGGCCUGGUUUGCUCAGCAGAAUGGGACAAACCGUCAAAGCAGUCGCGUCAUCGAUGCGAGGAGCGCCCGUGAAGAACCGCCCAGAAGCAUUUACAGAAAUGAUGGACCACAUGGAGGUGUUUAGCCAGAAAAUCAAUCUGUUGGAUAAAAUCUCCCACCGAGUCUACAGGGAAGAGAGAGACUAUUUUUGUGAGAUGAAGGAGUUUGGCCCAAUCCACACGCUUUGGUCUGCCUCCGAAGUAGACCUGGCGGACACGCUGAAAGGGGUGGCCGGCUGCAUCGACAAAUGCUGCAAGGCGACCGAGAAACGGAUGGCAGGGCUCUCCGAAAUCCUCUUUCCUACUCUGCAUGAAUAUGUGCUUUACAGUGAAAUAUUAACGGGGGUUUUGAAAAGAAGAGAUCACAUCCAAGCAGAGCUGGAUUCCAAAGUGGACACUCUAUAUAAUAAAAAGGCAGAAAAUGAUCUGCUAUCAGAAGAGAUUGGAAAACUUGAAGAUAAACUAGAGUGCGCCAAUAAUGCUCUGAAAGCUGACUGGGAUAGAUGGAAACAAAGUAUGCGUCUUGAUAUGAAACUGGCUUUUGAUGAUGUUGCAGAAAAUAAUAUCCACUAUUAUGAACAGUGCCUUGCUACCUGGGAGUCCUUCUUGACAUCUCAAACAGACAUUCGCUUGGAAGAAGAACCUGAAGAUCAGCAUUGACUUCCGCCAGCAAGGACCAGUUCCUUAAUCUUCUUCUGAAAUGUGGCUAGCCAAAGAAGUUCUCUGCAUAUGAGAUCAAAUCCAUUUUCCCAUAGAAUUGUUAAGAUUCUGUAACAUGUGGAAAACAAACCUGUUGAAGUCUCAGGUAUUCUACAUUCCUGGACUAUAUUUUGAAUCAUGGUAUAUAUCUAUAGAGGAGGUGAGGGUAGUGAUUAGGAUGUAUUGCUAAACCAUGGUUAAUGUUAUGAGGAUGAGAUCUUGGAAGACAUUGGAAGGUUUCGAUUAACCACAUUAUGUCUUAACCCUAAACUAAGGUUUGUUAAAAGCAUAGUUUGGUUAUUAAACCAUGGUUUGAAGUUGGUCUGUUUCAGGUAACCAUAGUUAAGAUUCACCAUGGUUUGUUGGGUUUGGAUGAUAAGCCGCAGUUAAUCAAAAAUGGAACAAAAAUGCCCAAACUGUCCCCCAUGGCUGUGCUGGAGGAAGGAGAAUGCAAUCCUUAUAACACUAAAUCAUGGUUUAGCACUGGAUCCAAACUGAGUCAGAGAGAGAGUGAGACCUACUUUUAUUUUUACCAGUUGUGUGCAUUUAUCUGGUUUUUCUUUUUAAAUACCCUGUAAUUUGGAUAUAAAAUAUUUUAAAUAUGUAAAAAUAGCUCCAUUUUAAUAAAUAAAAAUUAAGAGGAUUUUUUCUCUCUCUCUCUUUAUGCUCAUUGGUGCAGCCUCUUUAACUGGCUUUGAGUAUUUAUAAAACUUCAGAACAAUCGCUGAAUGAAAUCUUUUCUUGGUAAAUGUAUUGUAGCCAAGCUUUCACUAGGUGGAAUGUGGAUGCCACUAGCGGCAGAUUCAACACCAAUUAGUCUAACGUGUCUGACACCAGGAUUUUUAUUUUUAUUUAGAUUGUCAGACUCUGUGUGUGCUCACACGCAGAAACAUGGAGUUAGGAGGAAAACAAAUGAUGUUAUUCUAUAUUAAUCAAUAUAAACAAGGCUCGUACACUUUAAUUAUUAAUAGAUCAGCCAAUUAAAGUGAUUAAUUGAUGGUAAAUUUUGAUCUGCACAGAAGCUUCUCUCCUGGUGGGUUGGAACCGCAACACUAGCUUAGCUCAGCUGGUAAAGCGUGAGACUGUAUCUCUGGAUCAUAGGUUUGAGCCCUACAUUGGACAAAAGCUUCCUGCCUUGCAGGCCCCUCGUGGUCCCCUCGCACCUCUUGCUCCCACCUGCUGCCGGGAUGCUAGGCCUUGUGGCUCUAGACCACCAGGCAAGCCACUUCUGAAUCUGCAAGUUAAGAACACCUUCUUUCCCUUUUUUAAAAAAAGGGUGGGGGCUAUUUUCCUAGUGUGUUACACAAAUCAGGGAGGUGAUGGGCAAUGGUAGUUUUCUAAGAGCAGGUGUCCAUUUUUGUUGAUUACAUCGCAGCAUAUUUUACAUUUGCUUUAAUCCGCCCACUAGUGAGGUUCCCCUUUUGUGUUACAUUUUUAAAAUUUGUAUUUCUGCUUUCCUUAUCCAGCCAAGCUGUAAAUUAUGGAAGGGAGAAUCUCACAAGUAACCCAUAAACACAAAGCUCCUUCACAUCACAAUAUUGUCCAUUCUAUGAUCUUCCUUCUUCUAAUAUUCUUAUGUUAAGUAUGCCAAACACUUCUUGUUUCAAUAAUUCAUUUAUAGUUUUACUCUAUGGAGUCAUCAAAAUGCCACUAACCUCCCCCCCCCCAAUACAUAUUAUGUGGUUAUAUACUUUAUAUUACUUUUCAGGAGGAAUCUUUCUGGCAAUUUAUCACCCGUUGAGCCCCAUCUCUGGGGAUUCGUUUCUUUAAGUAUUCUUGGUUGUCAACAUUUGUUUUUCCCUCAGGCCACAGCUCAUGUAUCUCCAGUGCUCUGUUAACAUCUCGGCCGCCUACUUAUUUUACUGGAAAUGUCCUUAUGCUUUACCUGUUUUCUUUAGAUGACUGCAGGUGAACAGUUUUAAUUAUUUUUAUUUUUAUUUAAAUGAGGCAGAAGCAAAAGGAUGUCUGCAACCUUUCCUGGAAGCAGGCCUCACCGAACAAAGUGGAACUUACUUCUGAGUAGGGAUGGGGAAUAUGUUUGAUUUGGUUUGCAUUUAAAGGCAAAUUUGCACUUUCUGAAACAAUCCGCAGAUUGGAAACACAAUCCUUUUAAAGUCACACUUGCCUGAAAUUUGCAGUGCAGUUCUCCAGCUGAGUAAUUCGUAAAAAAUAAAAUAAAAUAAAAUGCAUAUGGUAGGGUAAAGUGUGCAUAAAAAUGCAUAUAUUGCAUACAAAAAUGCCUUAUGUUAUUAGGGAAUAUACAAGUAUUAGUAGAAACAGGCUUUCCCUGUGGAUAGGGAGCAAUAGUGCACAUAAACCUGUAUAUUAGGGGAAAUUUUGGGGAGGACUUUAAAAGCAAGGUAUCACGUUACUGAUGUGGAAAUGUGGAGAACUGGUUUGAGAUUGGACAAAAUAAGAAAUUGCAAGAGCCCCACCCUUAUUUCUGUGUAAACAUGCAUAGAAAUGUACAGUCAAGGCUGUCCCAAGAUGGGAUGGUUCCAAAUGUACCACUGGUAUUAUAUUCACAGCUGGAACGGUCAGAAUUAUGCCUGAAACACAAGGAACAAAUAGGGCUAUGUAGCUACCAGAAAAGUUUGAAUAAUAUACUCCGGCCUUUUAUCAACACACUUUUAAACUGCCUAGUGUGGGAUUGAGGAAAACCACAGAGAGAGAAAAGACACUGAAACGCGGUCUGCUUCUUCAAGUGGGAAAAAUACAGGAUGUUGCAUAUAUUUCACUUCCAGUACCCCCACCUCUAAAAAAAGGGGGGGGCUUGCUUGGCGGGGGGAGAGACACAGCACUUGCAUCUUUUUUUCCUUUUUGCUUUUGACACCCUUCAUUUUGGAGGUACAGCAGUUAUUUUUAUUUUCUCAUAGUAGAAAGUGAAAAACAUUUGAUUACACAAUUCCUCCAAAAAAAAGGAAGAGACUGGUCCAGGAAACACAGAUAAGACAAUAGUGGGAAAUAAAA